AGGCCUUUUCUUUUACCAAAAAAACUUUCAAAACCCAUACUGUUUUGCACUCCCUUCUCCCAAACAAUAUCACACUGUUUUUUCUGGUACCGUCUCCUUAUUGUUUCAAUUCUCCAUUGAUUACUGCGCAAACAUAUUGUAUAAUAAUAAUAUGUGGGGUUUAUCUAAAGACUCAUCUCACCUUUCAAACAAGAAGCAUAAGCAGGAAAAAGAAGGAAGAUUAACAGAGAAUUUCAGGGUAGAGAAUUUUAUCCCUGGCCUUAUUAUUGGUUUCAUUUUUGGGUUGUUUCUGGAUUUAACAAAUCCCACUAAAAACUCUAUCAAGAAGAAGAACUUUUUGCCUGGAAAGUCACAGCAGCAAAGUUUGGUCUCGAAUAAUGGUGACCGUGAGCUUAAAAUGGUUUUCGUAGUUAGACAGGAUCUGAAGAUGGGUACAGGAAAGAUUGCAUCUCAAUGUGCUCAUGCAGCCACUGGCAUCUACUCGGAGCUGUUGCAGAGCCAACGGUCAGUUUUAAGUAGAUGGGAGCAAUGCGGGCAGCCUAAAAUAGUUGUCGCGUGCAAAAAUCAACAAGAAAUGAAUAAGCUACAGGAAACAGCUGAUAGCUUUGGCCUUCCAACAUUUGUCGUUGCAGAUGCUGGAAGAACACAGGUUUUGGCUGGAUCAAAGACUGUUCUCGCAAUUGGACCUGGGCCGAAAGCAUCCGUGGAUUCAGUUACCGGGAAACUGCACCUGCUUUAACAAUCUGGAAAAAGUGAUCUGAUUGGUAUGAAUUUGCCAAUUUUCUUUGCGACCUUUCUUCAUAUUCCCGAACCAUCAAUCUCUUUCUACCGCUGUAGCAUGUGGUCUCUGAUCAAGGUGGGCAAGAAGUUUCCAAACAAGAAAUUCUUAUAACUGGGAGGAAGACUAUUUGAAGAUGCAUACAUUGUUCCGACCCCGUGGCUUGUGUAUCAUUCCAUUAUCUGCUGAGAGGAAUGGAAUGAAGAGAGAAAUUACUCAUAACCUAUAUGUUGUAUGAGCAUAUGUAUUUAAAUUCCUUCUAGUACAUGUAAACUGCCUGCAACUCAUUAUGAAUUGUUUCCUCUCUGCUAUUUUCGUGGAA